AUGUCUUCAGCGGCGCUCAUCUCUACCGACGAUGCUCUGGAGCCUACCCUCCAAAGCAUUCUUGACCAGAAGACCCUCCGAUGGAUCUUUGUCGGCGGGAAGGGUGGCGUCGGGAAAACUACCACAUCCUGCUCUCUCGCCAUUCAGCUUGCCAAAGUCAGGCGAUCGGUCCUCUUGAUUUCCACAGACCCUGCGCACAAUCUGAGUGAUGCAUUUGGCCAGAAGUUCGGAAAGGAGGCGAGACUUAUUGACGGAUUUGACAACUUAAGCGCGAUGGAGAUCGACCCCAGCGCGAGUAUGCAGGAUCUCAUGGCUGCUGGCGGUGAGCAGGCGGAUGAUUUAGGUUUCGGGCUUGGGGGAAUGAUGCAGGAUCUGGCUUUCAGUAUUCCUGGUGUUGAUGAAGCCAUGUCUUUCGCAGAAGUCCUGAAACAGGUCAAAUCUCUCUCAUAUGAGGUCAUUGUGUUCGACACAGCCCCAACAGGCCAUACUCUUCGCUUCUUGCAAUUCCCUACGGUGCUCGAGAAGGGUCUUGCAAAGCUUUCUCAGUUAUCCAGCCAAUUUGGCCCGAUGCUGAACACGGUUCUUGGGGCCAGAGGCGGCCUUCCAGGCGGCCAAAAUCUCGACGAAGUCUUAGCAAAGAUGGAAUCUCUACGAGAAACAAUCAGUGAGGUAAACGCCCAGUUCAAAGAUGCUGAUCUUACAACCUUCGUAUGUGUGUGCAUCGCAGAGUUCCUGUCCCUGUAUGAGACGGAGCGAAUGAUUCAGGAGUUGACGAGUUACCAUAUCGACACCCAUUCUAUUGUUGUAAAUCAACUUCUCUUUCCCAAGAAAGAUAGCACAUGUGAACAGUGCAAGGCCCGGCGGAAGAUGCAGAGGAAGUAUUUAAAUGAGAUUGGAGAGUUAUACGAGGACUUCAAUGUUGUUCGAAUGCCCAUGCUGGUGGAAGAAGUCCGCGGCAAGGAGAAACUUGAAAAAUACGUCUCAAACUACAGAUUCAGUGACAUGCUUGUGCAUCCCUUUCAGCCGGCAUAUGAAGAGUGA